AUGGCAGUCCCGGGUCUGAGUGGAAGUGUUGGACAGGAGACACGUCCUGCUGGGGGGAGUAAUCGGAUGGUUGGAGGGCUGCAAGUUGGGCAUGAGCCUCUGGGGAGAGGACAACAAGAUGUGAUGGGGGAGAUUUUCAGGUUGACUUCAAUUUUGGACCAAGGGGCGCAAGCGGCGUCCUCUGGGGUGGGGGAACAGCAGCAUACAGCACAGGUCAGCGCUGUGGGUUUGGAGUCAGGUCAUGCUGGUGUUGUGGGUAGAGGGAGGGUGAUUGGACAUGGGGCAGCAGCUGGAAACGAAGGGGGUGGUGGGAGGGGGCGGUUGGGAGUUGGGGUCACGGUAGGUGGUCAGCAAGGUAGUUCUGUAGUGGGAGGGGGUGGGGGUGGUGCCCGUUCCGCGAUCCGUGGUACUCCUGACUCUGUUUUGUUUCCACAGGUGAGCGGGGAUGCUGCUGUGGCAGUUUGCCAGGAGGCUAGGCGAGAGGUGCCUCAGAGGACUGGACCAGGCCAGGAGGCUCUUCCCCCGGCGGCGUCAGGAGCAGGUUUAAGAGCCCCUCCUUGUAGAGCGUGGCUAGUCGGCCACUCGUACGUUCACUGGGCGGCCAUUCAUGCUUUGAAUCGCCCGGGCGGCCAGCAGCUAGGAUUUCGUCCAGAUGCGGUUUCAAUUAGAUGGCUGGGAAAAAGGGGAAUGUUGUGGAGUGAUUUGCCGGGUCGUCUGGAGGAGGCCUUCCUUCGUUGGGGGAGACCUUCAUUGAUAGUGCUGCAUCUGGGUGGAAAUGAUGUGGGGAGUUUGCCUGUGCUGGAGUUGGUGAAAAUCAUUCAGUCGGAUGUGCGAUGGUUGAAAGUGCGUUUCCCUGGAGUGCGAGUGGCCUGGUCAAAUGUGAUUGCGCUCUUGCAGUGGCGUCAUGUGAGGGUGCACCGUUCAGCCUACCGUAUCCGGAAGAAGUUGAACAGAGAUGUGGGGAGGUUGAUCGUGGAGGAAGGUGGUUUUGUAAUCAGGCACGAUAACAUCUUGGGGGACUGCAAGCGGCUGUACAGGCCGGACGGGGUUCAUUUAACAGAGGAAGGCUUAGAGCUAUUCUUUGCUAAUUUAGCUGGCGCGUUGAGGCGGCAUGUCAGUUAGCUAUUCCCUAGGUGUGGUGGCAAGAGCUCCAUUAUGGGAGGCAGGUGUGUGGUAUCUCUUGUGGCGGGGUCCCGGCCGAAUAAUUUUUAUGGUUUCGGCGAGGGUGUGGUCGAGCUAAUGGGAGGGGCAUGAUGUUGCAGCAUGUAACGCC